AUGGAUGAGGAAGCAUUGUUGUCGUCUUCACCAAAUGAUCAUGAUGAAGAAGCAAAAAUUAUCGCAGAAGAUGAUUUGCAGAUGGAAAAUGAUUUGAUUGGAAUUGCAGACGAAGAUGAAGAUAGCGAAAAUAAUCAAAGUAACAACAGUAACAGUGAACAACUAAUUGAUGAUGACUUUCAUCAAACAUCAACAUUACAACAUAGUGCAGAUGAAUUAAUUGAUGUAUCUCAGGAUGGUGAUAUGUUUGUAAAUAAUACGAAUAAUACCAUUUCUUCACCAUUAGCAGCAGGUGAAACUGUACAUUCAAAAGAUAAUAAAACACAAGAUAGUGACGUAGAAACUGCAGAAUCACAAAAUGGAGAAGCAGGAACAGAUGAAAUGGAAAUGAAAACAACUUCAAUGCAAAUAACAACUUCAAAUAUACAACAACAAAAUAUUGAACAAAUAAUAACAGUGCCCACAUUACCUGUAAUAUCACAGAAAUCAGACAGUGAUAAAGUUACAACAUUGCGACAUAUAUUUAGUGACGCUUGCUAUUUUCUUAUCAAAAGUAGUAAUGAAGAGAAUGUAUCAUUAGCAAAAGCAAAGGGUAUAUGGUCAACGCCUCCAGCCAAUGAAGCUAGAUUAAAUCGUGCAUUUAAAGAACAUCGCAAUGUGAUAUUAAUUUAUAGUGUAGCCGAAAGUAAAGCAUUUCAGGGUUUUGCUCGUAUGUCAUGUGAAGCUAGACAUGACAGCCAACAAAUUAAUUGGGUAUUGCCACCUGGUAUGAGCAACAGAGCAUUUUCAGGUGUGAUUCGAAUUGAUUGGGUAACAAGACAAAGUUUACCGUUUAAUAAAACAUCACAUUUAUAUAAUUCAUGGAAUGAUAAUAAACCAGUGAAAAUUGGAAGAGACGGUCAGGAAAUUGAACCUCGUUGUGCUGAAUCAUUAUGUCGUCUGUUUCCAUCUGAUCCAAAUAUUGAUAUACUAACAAUAGCUCUAAAAGCAAAGAGAAAUAAGAAAACAGGAUCCAAAUCUAAAUCACGUACACCGCCACAAUCAAAACCAUUAACCACAACAACGGUCACAAUAGCAAAUGAUUUAUCAAUACCCUCGUCUUCAAUGUCUCCAAUUCCCACUAAUAGUACAACAGUCACUAGUCCAAAUACAUCACAAAAAUUAUCAUCAUCUCGUAGAAAAUCAUUAACUCGCUCAAAAUCUCCGAGUCCUCCAUCAUCAUCGUUAACUCGAAAAACAUCGUCGACAUUAAUUGGAAAUAGUUCUCGUGCUAGUAAUAAUAAUAAUCAUCAUUUAUCAACGCGUCAUUCAGGUGGCGGUGUUACAACAACUUAUCCACAUAAUAAUAAUAAUAAUAGCAAUUAUCGACGUUCAGAUUAUAUUAAAACAGACUUUCGUUCACAUUCAUCAUCAAACAAUAAUUAUCCACAACGUCCACAGAAUUUGGCAACAAGCGGUGUUCGUAGACGUCCAUCUUCAAGAAGUCGUGAGCGUACAAAAGAAGAUGUACAAAGAAAACGUCGUUAUCGUUCAUCAUCGUCUCGCUCGCCUGAUCCAACCAAUCGUAAACAUGUUCAACGUAGUCCGUAUUCACACUCUGUCCAAGAUCAAGUAUCAUCCUCACAUGGAAAUGCCAACAAAACAAUAUCAAAAAUAUUUAUUAAUGGCACAUAUGAAGAUUAUAUGAAACAUUUUAAUGUUUUAACAGCACAUCCACAAUAUGCAGGAAUGUCACCAGCAAUGUUUCCGCCAUCAGCUUAUCCACUGGCAUAUGAUCCGCUUGGUUAUGUCAGUCAAACGGGUUUGAAUCAUUUACUAUACGAUCAUCGCGGUCCAACUCUUCCUCUCACGCAUCCCUCACAAAUGAAUCCAUUUAUAAAUCAAGCAGCAGCUUCACAAGCAACAGCACAAUAUUUUCAGCAGCAACAACAAUCGAGACCUAAUUAUGAACAAGAGAUAGCGGACUUUCUACGUCAAACCUCUCAUUAUCGUUCGAAAGACGGUAACAGUAGCACAAGCAAUCAUAAACGUCAUCGUAGUAGUCGGGAAAAACGGCCGAGAAAAUCACGAUCACCUCGACGACGUUGA